UGCAGUAGUUUCCUCUCCUAUUCUAUCCAUACUAUACAAUACAUUCUUAUAUCGACUGACUUUGUUAAAUAAACGGCUACAAGAUGAAGCUCUCUCUCGCAACUGCGCUUGUCGGCCUUCUGCCGCUGGCUAUGGCCAAAUCCAUCAUCGUCUACUAUCCUAAAGGCACACCGUCGUCAGUUAUUGACGAUGGAAAGAAACAUAUCACUGAUGCCGGUGGCUCUAUCACUUAUGACUACCCAUCUCUAAGGGGAUUCGCUGCGGAUGCUCCGGACAAUGCUGUCACCAGUCUCAGCGACCAGUCUCCAAACCACAAGCCAUUUGUUGAGGACGACCAGGUCGUCACAGUCAACUAAUUCAAUAAACGACUGGGUCCUGGUAAUGGAACAAAGGGAUGUUUCUCCCGCAUGAGGACGUCGCCGUUACGGUCAGCGGUUUCCCCGUCAAAUUCCUUCAUACCUGAGGCUCCAUGUCUUCCAAAGGCUCAACGGUGAAUAUUCCGAAUAUGCCUGGGUUUUGUCGCAAGUUCCAGUUCUUUUGGUCGUAUUUAUUGGGUAAUAUGUAUUGGGAAAUGUUCUUUGAUUUACUGAGGAGCCGUGGGUGGCGUCUGGAGAUUUCCUCUUGUUCUCUUUAAUGUUUCAACCGGAUGUCUGUCAUUGAUAAGUUCCUGAUAAUGGUAAAGGAAUCAACCAUGGAACAAAGUAAAAGAGCAUUGUCUAGCUCUUUGUUUCUUCCCUCG